CCCAUGCCUCCUGUCUGACGCCACGUGUCUCCUUUCUCUGAUAUCCACGCCGCUGUCGUCUGCUGUAUCCUCCAUGAAGGGCAGUGACACUCGUCACAUCACCGGUAACAGGUUUUUAGAGUCUCUUUUUUGUUUGGUGGAGCCACGUAAUUUUAAAGCAUAUCCAUGGGCGUUUCCGUCAUUUCAUAUUUCCCAAACAAAUCUUUCCGUGGUUUUAGAUGCUCGUAUCGGCGUUACGUGUUCUGUACGCGAAAUCAGAAAUUCACUCUCUCUCCCUCUCUAGUUAAGUGAGAAAAUUUUCCAAGGAAAUUGGAGAGGGCGUGGGCGUUUCGUGUGGUUAAUGUUGAUUUUGGGCAAGCGGUGAUGGCGUUGGAACAAGGAUUAAGGUUUUAGGGUUUAGGAAUUUGCUGCUUGGUUGAUGGGAAUUGUCGCGGGCGAAGGAAAAAUGCGGAAAUCGUUCAAGGAUUCGCUCAAGGCUCUUGAAGCUGAUAUCCAGUUUGCCAACACCAUAAUGGGUUGGAAGUACGUCACUCAGUCCAUUGCGUUACGCAACCCGUUUCAGGGCGUCCGAGUAUCCGGACGAGUACGAUGGUGCGUGCCUACAGAUGAGAUUGACCUACAGUCCAGUUGCUCAUCUCUUCUUCUUCCUGCUUCAGUGGACUGAUUGUCAUUUCGCUGGUGCUUUGGGAUUGCUUAGAAUCCUUAUCUAUAAGGCAUAUGUGGAUGGAAAUACGACAAUGUUGCUGCACGAAAGGAGAGCUAGUAUAAAAGAAUUCUAUGAGGUGAUAUUUCCGUCAUUGUUGCAACUUCAUAGAGGGAUCACUGAUGUGGAAGAAAGGAAACAGAGGGAGAUAUGUGACAAGAGAUACAGAAGGGAGGACGGAACAGACAAGGGGAAAGUGUCGGAGAUUGAUGUGGAGAGGGAAGAAGAGUGCGGUAUUUGCUUGGAGGUGCGAAGCAAGGUGGUUCUUCCCACUUGCAACCACUCCAUGUGUAUGAAAUGCUACAGAAACUGGUGUGGUAGGUCGGAGUCGUGCCCGUUCUGCAGGGGGAGCUUGAAAAGGGUGAAAUCGGGUGACCUGUGGAUAUACACAGCCACGACGGAGAUCGUGGAGUUGCCGGCCAUCUACAGGGAGAACCUGAAGAGGCUGUUAAUGUACAUCGAUAAGUUGCCUCUCGUUUUCCCUCACCAAAGUCUCGUCUCUUAUGAUCCCCUCCCUCCCUGACUGUCCUCUUCUCCACUGCAUUCAUCACUCUCCUUUUUCUCUUAUUUGUGUCAUUUUGUAUAUAUAGUUUGUGUGUUUCUCUCUCUCUCUAGCCCUUUUUUUAACCAAUUUCCUCACGAAGACAUUGGUUUCUUUCUCCACCUCAUUUGGAUUUGUAUAUAAUGAUUAUGCCAAACUUCAAGACUUGUGUAAUUCAAUAUUUACACUUGUUGAUUUUAUUGUAUC